AGCCAAAAGAGGUUAAUCGUAAUUCGACUAAUUCGUAUCAUUGACUAUUGAGUCACUCCCAAUCACUACUUAUUAUUUAUUUAUUUUAAUUGAAACAAAAAAUUCAUAACUGCGUAACUCCUUUUACUAUAACACCUAUUUUUGGCAUAUAUAAUAUCAUAAAAAUUUGAAACUUCUUCAAUAACUCAAGUUAUGGCAAGCUAUUUUGAUGAACUCCACGUUGAAGAAGAUGAAAUUCCUACCGUUCGUAUAGAACGCUUAACGAGAGAAACAUUUAGAAUGCUGUUCGACCACGAUCCAGCACGAUACGGUGACAUUAUCAAUUUUCAAAACACACCUCCUGCAUCAAAAUCAGAAAUAGAAAAACUAAAAGCACCUUCAUUUGAGGAGCUAAUAGAUGAACAAUGUCGAAUCUGUUUAUGUCAAUAUCAACCGAAUGAUGAAGCACUAAAUAUGCCAUGCAAUCAUAUAUUUCACGAAAACUGUUUAAAAACUUGGCUAGAAAAAAGUAAUUUUUGUCCGCUUUGUAAGUUUGAAUUGAAGACUGAUAAUGAAAUGUAUGAAUUGUACAAGCAAGAGUUGAAAAAUCGACAAUCAAGAGAAGAUAACAUUGCCCAACUUCACGAUUCUAUGUUCUCAUAAAAAUUAUAAAAUACAAACAAUAACCAUUCAUAGUGUGAACAACAUAAGUACUUACUUUACUUAUUACAGUUAAUACAAACAUCUUACAUUAGUUAGGUGGUUAAAAAUUGGGAUUUUGUGACUUUUAUAGGGACAUUAAAAUUUAAAAUGUUUUUCAUUUACUAUUAUAAGCUUAAUAUUACAAUAUUCCAGAUUAUCAUAAGUUA